GAAUGCGAACGAAUGGACAAGAGAGAAUUCGAAGUCCGAUAUCGUCGUAGUCGCUUUGGAAGCCAACGAACGAGCGAGUGAGAGGGACCGAGAGGGUGGGGCUGUGGUGGUCGAUCCGGGCUCCAUCGUCGCAGGAGUUUCGAAUUGUGGAUUUCGUCGUGGACUCUGAGAGACUUUGACAGGAAAUCGAGAGCAUGACGAGAGGCGGACAGCGAGAUCGAGACCGAGAGCGGGCUGCCGCGAGGGCGCCGGCCAAAGGCAAGGGCAAGGACGAUGGCUUGACUGCAGAUCAACGUCGCGAACGCGACGCCAAAGCUCUGCAGGAGAAGACGGCCAAGAAGGCAGCAGCGGCUGCUUCUGGCGGGGGCGACGCUGCUGCCACUUCGACGUCGAAAGCCGCGAAGAAGUGACGCGAAGAGAAGAGAAUGACGGUCGCAGUCCUGCGGACGGGUCCAGUCCGCUGUAAUUAAUCUUCGGCGGACGAGCACCAGAGAUGUAUCGUGAGCGGGGAGUUGGUCCGGCUUUUCAAAGCCUGCGGGGGAAGGGAAAUGCCGCAGUGUUUGUGAUCUUCUGCAAGAUCACGAGUUUCCGCGGUCGACGUAAAAGGAUGUCGAAUUCAGAGGUACCUGUGGGUAUGAUCUGUUUGCCAGAGUCUCGUACGGAGCUGUAACAAUUAGCGGCGGCCUUUGUGCACUGGUCCUGAUCUAGUUUUGUGUUUCAUGUGCAGCUUUGUCUUUGGCUUUGGUAUUGUUUUGUACCAUGCCUUCGAUGAAUAACAUGCGGGAUUGGUAGGGCGAUGUGCCUACCUGAUCCCGUCUCCUAGAAGAGGAACUCAGUCCGUGCUGUGGUUCCAAGUUUAUAAGUAAAUCUGAUGACGAACGCGACUACCUUCUUUCGAGAUAGUUGGAAUUGGUCUUUUGUAUAACGAUCCUUUGCAUGAUGGCUACUCGCGUUUCUCCUUUAGGUUAUAGAACCGGUGCACUCCAUUAUCCGAUCCAUCAGUGAAUGGAUUGAGGCGGCCCCCUUUGCCAUAUUUCCAUGCUUCCGGUGGUUUCGUGCCGCCGUGUAGGUUAAAUUAUCCCCACUGAUUCCGGAGAAGAAUUGUGCUCUUCCCUGGAAAGAGUUGUUUACCGUGGCUGCGCGUUCGUGCACCUUUUCUUAGGGCCAUACCGUUUUACUCCCACAUAGAUUGUCAUGCUAUCAAAUGUCUAUUCUCACUCUUACACAUUCUGCAUGUACUAAUCAAUGACAUGCUCUGUCGUGGAAGGUUUAGUCCUGCUUUGAUGAUAGGAAAGCAGGACUAUAAUGAAAGAAGAGGUUUUUUUUUUCUUUUAUGUAUGCAAUCCCCCAUGGAGUCAGUAAGUCCUCAUCAGGUACUUCAACUGGUCUUCCCUGCCAUUCUGCGAACCAACUGCUCUUUCUUGACCUUUGUCUCAGCCGGAAUUCGGCUCUCGCUGAGCAUCCCUAAUUGUUAGGUUUCUGCUCUCUCUAGCUAGCUCUCGCUCGUCCAAGUAGUGAGCUUUCUUCUAUGUUUUUCCCACCCUAAAAGCACAACUCGAGCCUACCAAGUUUCUCGACCUUCGAAUUGUCAUCUUCCUAGAAUCCAGCCAGUUUAUCACAUCUGUUACAUGUGGAUUCCCAUUCUUUCUUUCUCUUUUUCUGUAGAAAAUGACAAGAAUCUAUGCUUGAUACGUCUGCAGAUCGAAAAACUAUGGGCUCAUACUGCUUCUUUGGAUUCAUCAUCUGCCUUGUACUAGAUGACAAAUCUCACAUCGUUGUUGUGAUCUAUCAUCUCUCUGGCGAAUUUCGUGCCUUGUCCAUGAUCUUUCGUCAUUCAGAUCGAUGUCCAUGGCUGUUUUUUGGACCUUCAUAGCAGUUCGAGAUUUAUAUUCAUCCUCCAUUACAUACUCAUUCCUUCUCGAAUUAUGCUUCCCAUGACUUGGCAUUGCUGCUUAUGAUUGUCCGUUCUGUAGACAGCUAUAUUCACACUUCAAGUACUGUCAUCUACAGUAGAGUCAUCUACCCCAGAGCCGUAACGAUCUCACAUAUCUCCACCUCCAGCUGUCGUUGGCACGACCAUAUCUAGAUGGAGGAGACCAAAAAGAUACAGGAAGAGCAAAGAAAGGUUGAAAGAAGAUAAUCGUUUUCUACAAUUUUUUCCUCAUAUAAUGUAGUAGCUCUAAUUGUAUAAUCUUAACAAUGAGGUGUCCGAAGGCAUAUUCAGUCUCUCGUAGUUGUCUAGAUACGGGAAUUAUGGUCUUGGAAGCUGUCUGAAGCACUCUAAUUGUAAAUGUCGGCGAAGAUUUCGUUAGAAGUGGGAAUCAUUUAGCACAACAAAGCGAGAAGAAGAGAAGGAUCCGGAUGACGUCUUGGGAAAUGAAGCUGAAGUAAUUGUUGUUGUCGUUGAGAGUGAUGGAAGGAUUGAGUAAUAAAGGGUAUGAACACGAGAAGAAGGUACGAAGUUUUUUUGUCAAUCUUUACAGAGAUAGAUUAUUCUUGAGCUCAAUUUGAGUUUAAGUUGUAGCAUUGGUGAUGACCUUGGAGACAGGAUGUGGGAAAAUUUGCGCUCCAAUGAUCUUAUAAAUCUGUAGUAUGUACACUAAAACUUAGCUGUAUGAAGUCAUGUUCUUCAGAGAAUCUUUGUAAACCAUUCUAGCAAAUCAAUAAAUAUGGCCUCUUCCAGUGAAUUUCUGAGGAGUGGAAGUC